UAACAAAACUUUGAUGAGAAACAUAAAAAAUAGUUGUGUGUGAUGGUCUCGGGUUGAUCAGGAUUAAGUCUUUACAUUAAAUCGUGCAGCACCUAUACGCCGUUGUAUAUGAUGACAUCACGAUGAUGCGCACCCUGACAAGGAUUUCUAAUUAAUCUCAUCAAGGAAGAUAUCGUUUGGGGUUCGAAGUGUCGAUGUUCGUUACCCAAUUGGGAGUUGAGUUCGAUACGGAUAUAAACAAGUGUAUAGACCCGAAUGAAGGGACGAGCUACAAUAGCUGCUUAAGCAAAGUGAUUAAUUAUCAUUCUGGCUGGCCUAUCAAAGGCGAAAAGCAAAAAAGGACUUCGGACAAUUGUGUAUAGUGAGGUGAAUCAUGCGCGAUAAACUAAAAAUGUCGCGACGACAGCAAUAUUUGCUGUCUGUAACGAGUAGCCUUGAUCGGACAAUGUUCAGCAAACGGCGAUCUGCUACAGGGACUGAUUUGAGGCUGUGCACGUUAAUGGUGAUGAUUGGUUUGAUCGUGCAUGUUUUCGGUAUUUGUUGCGAACUAACGACGCUGGCAAGUGCAUCUCGCGUGUACGUCGAUUCUAACGAUAACGCCUACCGAGGGUUAGUUAUUGCAAUAUCUCCAAAAAUCAAACCGCAUCAUGGCAAAGUUCUUAUACCAAAUCUUGAGGCUGUUCUUCGUAACGUUUCGCUUGAGCUUUUUCGCACUCACGGUGUAUACCUCGCCGAGGUGACUGUUAUGAUACCUCGGUCGUGGGAAACGAAGGGCUCUUGGGCCCGACAGCCUCUUCCACGAGUAGAAGCGCCGAGUUGGCAGCAAUGGCGCCAGGCCGAUGUCCUCAUCGAAAGAGGUGAAGAGUCUGUUUUUGGCGAAAAUCCAUUCGCAGUGCAGCACGCAGGCUGCGGUAUUCAGGGUAGACAUCUCGUCGUUCCAGAUACGUUCCUGCGUGCAUACGCCGCCGCCGAUAAAGAACAAACGUCGAGUCGUUUCGAUAAAUACGGCAAACCACAUAAUGUGUUUUUACGCGAGUGGGCUGUCUACCGGUAUGGAGUGUUUAAGGAGCACGGAUUUCCUAGGGACCCUGUUUACCCACUCUAUUUACCUAGGCCGGGAACUCAAGAUUCUAGCGAUAUUGAGCUAAAUGUCUGCGCUGAUCGGCCUGUUCGACCGAAGUUCAGGAAUGGCAACGGCAUGUCAUGCAACGCAACAAUCAAUCUAAUGAAUGGCCUUCCGCUGGACCAUGACUGCAUCCCAGUUUACUCGGCAUUACAUGACAAUGCUGAAGCAUCACUUAUGAGUGGUUUGCCGUCGGCGACAUACUUUUGCGGGGGAACAAGACCUCAUGAUCGAACUCUUCCGACAAAGCAAAACGUCAUGUGCAUGGGGAGAUCUACGACGGAAAUCAUUGAGCAGCAUCCCGAUUUCUAUAGAAGUACUAGGAAUGGACUGUUAGGCCGUACACGGUUUUCCUUUGUUCAGGAGCGUGCCCAGGUGCUCGCAUUCGUCAUCCAAAUCACCGAGGCCACAAUGCAGCAUGACCGACGCAAUUAUAUUUUACGUGCCCUAAAUCAGUUCCUUCGGAACGAGGCUCCGAUCGACAUGCAGAUCGCGCUCGUGACCUACGGAACGAUCGCAAGCGAGAUCGCGUUGCGCAGAGCUUCAGCUAAUGAUGAAAGCGUCCGUAACGCCGUCGAUGCGUUUAUUCUAAACGCUGAUAUCGAAGGUGGCAAUAACAUCAAUUCAACUCUCGAGGACGGGCUACGACUGACUCUCGAGGCGCUUAACGAUACAUCGGAAAUUACUGGACGUCUUCCUUCAAAUUACUUUACGAAGCGAGUUAUAAUCAUUGGCGAUGGCCACCUCGACAAACACUUUGACGAGAUGGUUCGCCACAGCUAUGAUACUCAAGGCGUUCGUGUCGAUGCUAUUAUCUUUCCUUCGCCUGAGGCAGCAGCGGCUUCAACUUCAGCGACAUCCUCUCAUAUCAACAACAAUGGUGUAGGUUCGGGCAAAGGAUCGAAUCUAUUCCGACAGGAGACCUUACCAAAAAAAGACAACAAUUUGGACGCGUUCAUUUUCCAAACUGGCGGACGUGUUGUUGCUGUAGAUGACACCCCGAUAGAUUCGUCGAUAACAGUGACGGCUCUACAGGAGCUCUAUGACGCGUUGUACACAUUCACAUACGAUAGUACAUCCGCAGUAGAAUAUGACAGCUUCAGCCAAAUUGAGCAAAAAGAGUUCUACGGAAAAGAGCAGAGUGACAUGGUAUUUGAGUUCGAUGUCGACCCCACUCUUAAUGCAGAGCUUCGGGUACGUCUUGUUGGCCAUGACUACGGCUCUGACCGGCCCUGGACAGUGUCGCCAAAGGACAUUUUCCUAUUUGCACCGAUUGGUCAUACAAAUGGAAAAAAGCUUUAUACUCCUAAAGACUACAAAUACGUGUCAACCAAUGCACAGUUCUGGUACUUCGAAUUCAAAAUACCGGAGCCAGCUGUUGGGCGCUGGAGACUAGAGGCGAAAGCGAAGAAGGAUACCAAACAGCCGAUUAUUGUUUCUGCAGCGGCAAAACCGACAACGGCCGACGAUGAACCUAUCUCCGUAGAUGUGUGGAUUUCGCAACCCAGCUACAAUGUGAGCCUCCACGAGAAGGGGCUAAUCGUUUACGCCAAGGUUAGCAAAGGAAGUCGGCCUGUGGUUGAUGCAAAGGUGGUUGCCAAAAUUACUCCCGUGUCCGAUCAAACUGAGACUCAGCUGUGUAUCGAACUGAAAGACAAUGGAGCCGGGGAUCCUGACAUGACAAAGGAUGAUGGUGUUUACUCAAGAUAUGUUGAAAGCAUCAAAAGCCUCGGGAGGCACCGUCUUGUUGUCGAGGCUAAGAGCGAAGGCAAUGCUGCAGUUCUAAGGGGCGCAACUGUACCAGAUGACACUGUUCCACACACAGCGUGCUGCGGCAGUGCCGUUAUGAGGACAGCCUUUAAUGCUACUCGUCCAUUUGCCCGUCGGGUGCACUUCGGAGCAUUUUUUGUGACGCGUGUGACACAAGAGCAGCGCGAGAGUGAAAUUCGUGCGCCCUGGUUUACUCCAGGGCGUAUUGCUGACCUUCAUGUCGUGUACCUGCAGUCCAAUCAUGGAGGACCUGGAGGAGUUUCUCUUGGCUGGACCGCAACGGGCAAUGUACGGGAUCAUGGCCGGGCUGCCGCAUAUAUUUUAAAAAGAUUUGACAACCGAGACAGUGCUAUAGCGCAAUUUGAUGAACGUGGCCAAGAGAUCAACGCCUGGGAGAUGGAAGGCAGUCCACUGAUACCCAAAGAGGCCGGAAGCCCGGAACAGGUGUUUGUUAAGCUCGCCAGUGGAAGUUCCCUGCCCCUAUACUUUGCCCUCAAAGUGAACAGUACUUAUGGAGCACUUUCAGCUACGUCCAAUAUAGUGACUGUGUCUGUUAUGCCGUCGGUAACAACAACCACGUCAUCGAUUUGGGGUCUCGGAAGUUCGUCUGGUCAAGGCGGCUCGGGGAUGUCAGGCGGAACGACAACCGGUGACUUAUUGUUCAGCGAUCAACUACCGUCUGACCGGCGUGGUGACCCGCGCCUGUUGCCGAGCCAGCUGGCCCUCGUCAUCGCAGUGCCUCUUGUCGUGCUAGUUCUUGGCGUGUGUAUCCUCAUUGUAAUUGUGGCGCGUCGUCGAAAAGAUCCUUUACUUGAUAAGAAGGUGUCGACCAAUGACAAGAAUAAUGGAAUGAAUUUGAGUACGUCGACUAUUGGGACGUUACCUAAAGAUUUUAACGUCUCAAACAGUAGCCCGGUUCUGACGCCUUCACCUGUGCUCAAAGAAGGUCUCAGUCCGGUAACGACAAUGGCUCCAAAUUUGUCGCUUGGCCCGAACAUAGGACAUGACCAAAACGUCUCCAUGAGCAUCGAUCAUUCGAUGUCGCUGAACGAUCACCCAACUAACAUGUCACAAAUGAAUAUGACAGUGAACGUCAAUCAGAUGCCGCCAGGUGGACUUUCACCUGUGAAUCACUGGCCGGCUGAAGUAUUGCUUGAACAUUACAACAGGGUGCAAGAAGCCAAACAGCGCAACGAGUUACCCCCCGUAUUAAGCCUGCAGCCAGGCCACCCCGACGAGUCCGUGCGAUCUUCUAAUCCCAGUCUGUACAAUACGAUGGAUUCGCUUCGAAGUAAAUCCCAGCUACUUAACUCUGUAAGUCCCCUUCAGGCAAAUGGCGGUGUACAGCAUCCAAUAGUGAAUCCACAUGGCGGCAUCUAUUCUCCAUUUUAUGGAAACGUGGGGCCUAUUGUAACGCCGACUGGAGUGCAUGUCAACACUUCAAGAAAUAUCACGCACGUCUAGAAAUGAUAUCAACCUCGUCCCAAGUUUCAUAGGCAGAGAAAAGUACACGUCUACACUCAAAGAAGCCGAUUAUUACGACUUAGACGAAUCAGUAUUUGUCGACCCAGAUCUCAUGAGCGCGAGUAGUUAAAGAAGCCGUCAUGGCGGAACCACACUACUUAACUGCGGAGCACCUCAAGCAAAUAUGGGAAGGAUGUUGUUAGGUGACGCCGACGCGGAAAGCAUUUGUAGCCUCAAUUCAAACCUAAGUCUAUAACUUGUAUCGAGCGAAGACAACAAACUCCUUAUGCAUGUCGUGUUCGUUCCCUGUCCGAAUCACCUAAUUAAUCUCUUAAUUUCACUUAGCAGGUAAACCACCAGACACACCGAAAUUAUACAAUACUUUUAAAUGCUUCUAAUGCACAACAUUUGUAUUCUCGAUUUGUCAUUAGGAAAACUUGUUUUGUACACGUGCACAUCAUUUCGGUAUAGCGCAUAUUGUACGUAUCGUUAGGUAUGUCGAUUUCGCAGCAAGCCGGCUGUAUUAAGAAACCGGACGGAUUACGAGAAAGGUCUCUAUCGCAAUUUUACGAUAUUACGAAGAUGAGUCGUUUUGUCUUAACGAAUCAGACCAUUGGAGUCUGAUCGCUAUUACGGUCGAUAUACGUUCUCCUGUUUUGUGGAAGUGUCUGAUUGGAACGGAAUGAGAGGACAAAGCACAUCCGUUUUCAUGGCACUCGUCGCGCUAGAAUGAACAGAAAAAGAGACUUUUGUGCCCACUGCCGAGCUUGACGAGUUCCAUGUCAUUGUGAUACGUCAUGUAAUUACGUGUUUAUACUUGAUAUAUAUAUAUAUAUAUAUAUAUAUAUAUAUACGACAAUGCAUACUACACAAUCCGUGCGAAUAAAGACAGCAACACACACACACACACACACACAGACACACACACGCACAUAUAUAUAUAUAUAUAUAUUCUCACCUAUUGGGACUCCACGUAACAAAGAUGUGUGAGAAAAAAAUGUAUGAGAAACUGUACAGCUUUUGUUUUGCGUCUAGUCGCGACGAGCUAUAAAUAUGGAUGUGGAAAAGGAAAUGCUAGGCGUCAACAUAAAACGCAAAACGUUUAUAAAAACAGGAAGGCCUUGAAGAAGCCAGUGAGCAAAUAGAUAAAAUAUGUUGUAGUAACAUCAGAAUUGAGCGCAAACUAUUUCAUUUGUGUAUGCAUUUUUACUGACAGUACUGUUCAAGUAGAGCUGCAACAGUAAAAAUCUACCAAGUCUUAUUAGAAUGUACUUGAUUGUACACGUAAUAGUUAUUAGAUCGUAUUUAAGGCACCUAAACGUGCCUAUUCAUUGCAUAAAAGCAACUAGCGGCCUCGAGAAAAUUGUUUAGAGUGUCUAACUGCGACAUACUUAGUAAACGCGCAAUGCUGGAAAGCCAAAAAUACUUAGCUGCACAAUAUGUAGUACAUUUGUAAAGGUCAGGUAUAAGAAUGGCGGUAAGUUCAUAUAAAUCAUACUUCUCAACAGCGUAAAAGGGCUCUGCGACGGAUUCAAAAAGGAUACGCAUUUUCAAUGUAGCCAAACGUGGUUGUGUCAAACCUGUGAAUCCACUGCAGAUCGGAUUAGACCUACUGGAAAGUGCUGAUUUUGCUCUUACACUACGUAAACGUAAAACAGACUGUGUAUCGUAUAGCAUUCGGGACUCGUUCCCACACUCAACGAGUAUCCUCAGGACAGCGCCAAACUUUUACGACUCCAGUUUUGCCUAUUCAGGCGUUUAACUCAUCGGGCUACCUGUCACAUGAUGAUCGAUACAAACAACAUUUUUCAAUAUAUUUGUAUAUGUACAAAAUUAAACUCGGCUGUCGCAGAAUAACCUGUCAGCCGCAGAAUCACUCCUGCGUUAUACCCUAAUAUAAACGAGUACACAUGUAUAACAGUGGUCUUCGGUAAGAUUUGCUCUCUCGACCUUGGGUAUAUAUGGCUAAUGUGUGCAGCAUUAGCGCUCGAUCGAAUGAAAGAGGAGAGAGAGAUUGUCAAGGGAUAGAUGUAUUUCACACGAUUUAGACACAGUCUGAGUUUCAAGUGAGACAAAAAAACAUACUGGAUAAUCAUAUUUAUUUCAUUUAAAGCGUCAUAUAAUUUUGAGCAAAUUACCGAUUAAUGUUAUGAGAAAUAUUCUGAAACGACAUCACAUAUUGCUCGUGUAAGUGCUAUGUGGUCCGGAAGAAAAACAAAGUCGACCCAGAUGAAACCAAAGGAGCUAUCGGACAUCUUUUUACGAGAAGAUCAAAUAGUACAAGGGCUGAUGAGUGUAUCAAUCAGCACGGCAAUCAGUAUGUCACAGGCGCUGCAAGUCACUCAGUCGAAGGUACCGUCUAUUUUAUAAGAAGAUAAUAUUGUAAUAUAGUUGUACAGUGAGUACGGUUUUAUGAAAAAGAGA